UGAACCCAAAAGUCAUUUUCUCUCUAAAACAGACACACGCAUAUAUUUAUUUCCAAGUGUCUUGGUUCGAAAAUUUGGUAUUUAUGAAUUAUAUAUAGUAAUCCAAAAAAUAGUGAAGGCAAUGAAUCAAUGAUGAGUUCAAAGCAAACUGUUGUGGACGAGACCGUUAACCAACCUUUGGUUUUUCCACACACACAUUCUUAAGAGAGUUACCGUCCAUCCUUCGAAGUCUUUAAAAGUAAAAAAAAAAAAAAAAAAAAGCAAUAUUAUUCCCCUUCUCACAUAUUUCGUAUAUUUUGAUUGUGAAAACAAACAAAGAAACAACAUCGCCAAAAACGGUUGUGUAAAAUAAUUCUCUAGAUGAUUCUUUCGGUCAACUAAGGAACAAUUCUUUGGAAAUUGGAAUCGGUUCGAUGAUAUCGGUGACACUCGGGAAGUUGACAUGGCUCAAAACAAACCUUCAAUUCCUUGAUGUUUAGCAAAAACCCAGAUUGCGAAUUCGGUUUUAUAUCAAGAUUUCUGAUUUGGGUAUUGAAUUUCGGCGAUACCCAGAAGCUGAUACAGCUCGCAACCUUCAAUUCCUAGAUGAUUGGCAAAAACCCAGAUUUUAGUUUUUGAAUUCGUCAAGACUUCUGAUUUGGAUUUUGAGAGAGUCAAAAGUAACCGCUUUUCUGAACUGGGUCGUUCUUUGUUUGUUUCUCUCGAAUGGGAGAUAUGAAUUUCAGAAGCUUGGAUGAGUUCUGGGCCUUUUAUGUGACCCAACACUCCAAACCAGCGACACGGCGCUGGCAUUUCGUGGCCACACUAAGCAGUAUCUUCUUCUUGAUAUGUUCAAUGUUGUUCAAGUGGUGGUUCUUAUUGUGUGUGCCUUUCUCUGGCUAUGGAUUAGCCUGGUACAGCCAUUUCUUCAUAGAAGGCAACAUUCCUAUGUUUGGAUUCAUGUUUACUGGGAAAAUGGACAAAGAGAUGAAGAGGCUCGGCAAAAGGCCUGUCUUGCAGGUUUUCUAA